AUGCGUCGCGGUCUCCUGGUUUUCCUCGUCGUCAACCUCCUCAUCGUCACCUUCCUCAUUCGCAGCGUCUCUACACUCUUAUCACUGUUGUUAGAGGAUGCCUCCGCUGAUGCGAUCCACCGCGCGGAACUUCCUUCGCCAAACUCGAGCUUGAUUGAGCAGCGACCCCAGAAGAUCCCCAAGAUCAUCCACCAAACAUACAAGAACGAGUCAAUUCCCGAAGUAUGGCAGGAAGCCCAGCAAAGUUGCAUCGACUUGCAUCCGGACUAUGAAUACAUCCUUUGGACGAAUGAGAAAUCUCGCAAAUUUAUUGCCGCCGAAUACCCCUGGUUCCUCGACACGUUUGACAACUAUAAGUAUCCUAUUCAACGUGCGGAUUCGAUCCGCUACUUUGUCUUGGCUCAUUACGGAGGCACCUACAUCGAUCUUGACGAUGGCUGCAACCGACGGUUAGAUCCUCUCCUGUCAUACCCCGCGUGGGUUCGUCGCACCGCCCCGACUGGUAUUUCUAACGACGCUAUGGGCUCUGUUCCUCAACACCCAUUCUUCCUCCGUGUGAUUGAAAUGCUGCAGUCGUACGACCGCAGCUGGCUCCUCCCGUACAUUACAGUCAUGUAUUCGACCGGCCCGCUUUUCUUGUCCGUGAUCUGGAAAGAAUACAUGGCAGAGAGCCCCGCCGAAGCGGCCCGUGUUCGUAUUCUCAUGCAGGACGAGUACAACCGUUUCUCUUGGAGCUUCUUUACGCAUCACGUGGGCAACAGCUGGCACGGAAAAGACGCCAGGUUGAUCUUCUGGAUGGGACAGCACUGGAUGCUUCUUACUGUCGCGGGUUUUGUUCUUGCCGGUGCGGUUGGAUUGUGCUUGUGGUGGGCUUACGGUCGAUUACUCCUUCUCGGCGCUAAGUAUCGCUAUCGGUAUAGCAAGAUCCCAGGUCUUCGCUUGCCGUCUCCAUCGCGUCGCUCGCGUGGUGUGAUGCCCAUCUUACUUCGCCGGGUCAGUUUCAAAGAUGAAGAAGCGGGUCCUACCGAAACCUCUUACGAAUACGUCAGCCGACGCGACUGA